AUGGCCGAGGGCGACCGGGAGCCCCUGGCGAGAGCCGGCACCCUCCGGGAAGCACUCAGGGCACUCCUGCCCCCCACUAAAGAGGAGCUGACGCUGCAGCUCGGGGAGAGGGUGGAGCGCAGCGUGGUGCGGCUGCUGCGGGAAGCGGUCGAGCUGUUCUGCGGCGGCCAUGGGGGCGAGUGUCUGCAGGCCAGCGAGGCCAUCCUGGACUACUCCUGGGAGAAACUCAACACCGGCCCGUGGCGCGACGUGCACAGAGACUGGCGCCGCGUGUACUCCUUCGGCUGCCUCCUGAAGGCCGUGUGUCUGUGCGAGGAGCCCGGGGACGCCGGCGCCGUGGCCGCAGCCCUGAGAGUCUGCGACAUGGGCCUGCUGAUGGGGGCGGCCAUCCUCGGGGACAUCCUCACUAAAGUCGCGGCCAUCCUGCAGGCGCACCUCCCCUCGGGAAAGAGGCCCGCCCCGGGCCCGGCCCAGGAGCAGCCCCACGAGAAGGAACACAGAGGUGGCCCCGUGCCCAGGGUGGGGCUCACGGUGCGGGUGGUGGUGGGCAGUGCGUGUAGCCGAGGGGGUGAGAGCUCAGGUCUGGAGUCGGCCUGCCGGGCCACGUUCCCACCAGCUGCCCACCGCCUGGUCUUCGAUCUGGCCAACCAGCACUGGGGACCCACAGGAGACGAACCCGGGCCCGGCCAGGCACACACGGGCCCAGCUCGGGGCGACGGCCUCGUGAACAGACAGCUGACACCGGGUAAGGACGGUGCUGGGACCGCCCGGAGAACCCUCACCAAGGAAGGCAGCGACCCGCUCUUUGUGGGUCGGAGCUCAGGAAGGGAGGUGGGACAGAGGGAGAGUGGAAAAGACAAGAGGAGAGGGCGUCAGACUUACCUGGUCAAAGAGCUGGUGCUGAGCCAGGUACCCGACGUCCCUCGGCUGAGCCGCAAGAGAAAAACCAGAAGUGACACAGAAAGCCUGAUCCCGGAGCUGAAGCGGGACAUCAGCAUCCCCGACUACUGUUGCCUGGGCGACGGAGACGAAGAAGAGAUCACCAUUAACGCCUGGUUUGGUCCCCAAGGAACCGUCUCUCCUCUCCAUCAGGACCCUCAGCAGAACUUCCUGGUCCAGGUGACGGGGAGGAAGUACAUCCGGCUGUAUUCGCCGCAGGAGUCAGAGGCUUUAUAUCCACACGACACGCAUCUUCUUCACAACACGAGCCAGGUUGACGUGGAGAACCCCGACUUGGAGAAGUUCCCCAAGUUUGCCGAGGCCCCGUUCCUGUCCUGCAUCCUGUCUCCCGGAGAGAUCCUAUUCAUCCCGGUGAAAUACUGGCAUUACGUGCGGGCUCUGGACUUGAGCUUCUCCGUCAGCUUCUGGUGGUCGUAG